CGACUCAAUUAUGGGGGCACCGUCGUCAAAAGAGAAUAUGCGCCUCUCGAUUCAAGUCCAUGCUGACUCGUUUAUCAAUAUCGGCUUCAAACCAAUGCCAGUCUUUUACGGUACUCUCGAGCGCCCUAUUGUCAUCCGCGCGACAGUGACGCUGGAGACAGAUGUAGAAUGUAUCGGAAACAUUGUCGAGAUCAACUACAAGGCACAAGCAUCUUACCGGGCACCUAGUACGAGUCUUUUAGUUCCGAUUGCAGUUGUGUUAUGAAGCAAGAGCCUAAAGGCUAAUGUCUGCAGCAAAUCUUUAUAACUAGUCCGAACUUGCUACACCGUCUAUGUCGACAGUGAUCAAUUUAUGGAAAGGAGGCGCUGGAAUACCGACUUGAAGCACCCAAAAGAAGGAAGAGUGGCUGCAGGAAAGUACAGCAGGCUCGUCGGGUCCACGAUCGAUCCGCUCUGGCCAUCCUCAGCAAGGACAACACAACACAAUGAGGGCUACGGCUGGGUCAAGUACAGCUUUGAGGCGACAUUCAGCAAAUACACCAUGGGCGCUCUUGCACCAAUUUUGACGGAUACUCAGGAGGUCUGGGUCCUCAACUCAGCGCUCCUUCCUGAUACACAAUUGAGAAUCGAGCGACCAUUCGUCAAUCAGAAUACCUGGGAUGGAAUGAAAAGCAAGUCUUCACCUCUUAAGCUGACAUUGCCUUCGUCGACCUUGAUGAUGGGCCAAGUCGUGCCUGUGACCGUUCGCAUGAGCGAAUUGAAGUUUAAGAGCAAGUACGUAGGGCAACUGCCUGUCGUGCUGGCAGCAUAUUUUGCAUUGAAGCAGAACGUUGUGGGACGAGCGACCGCGCACUCCAUUAUCUGGAAGUACUCAGAGGAUGUAAUGACGCUACCGAUGAAGGAUGGAUGGCCCCGCUCUACAGAUGGCUGGGAAAGAACGGUGCAUUUGACUAUGCCGACCAGCCCAGAUGUGGCAGCGGACACCAAGUCAAAGUUCAUGGAUAUCUCGCACUCGUUGAAGUUAGUGAUGAAGAUAAAGGCUGAGAGGCAGAACGACCUCCAGGCAAAGGAAUAUUUAACCAAAGGUACUAGUGAUCCUGAAAUUUCUUUGGGUCUGAAGUAUGAAGAACGUAAUAUCGACACCUUGUAUUUGUUGCUUUUUCAAAAUAGUGGACGUCCAGAUUUUAGUACCACGAUAUACUCCCGGAGGAAGCGAGGAUGUCCUACCAGUCUAUUCAUUGUCCAGCGAAGGCAUAUCUGGCUCCCCAGCGUGUGAAAGAGUUUAAGCUAACGAGAUCAAGACCUAGUUUCCUCUCUAUUCGUUUAUUAAACCUACAGUUGUGUGCUGUUUUGAAAUGCACACUCUUUGUACCUAUUUCACUAUAAAAUUUCGAAAUGACAGUUCGACUCCAAUGUUAUCAUCCUAAUAAACAGGCCUUGGAUGCGCCGUUGCUUUUGUC